AUGAUACUUUGGAUUCUAUUUAUUUGGACUGAACUAUAUGUAUAUAAUUGCACAAAUUACCUUGAUUGUCAACCAUUUAGAAGAGAUCUUCCACCAGGUCGAUACAAACUUGAAGCAUGGGGUGCACAAGGCGGCAAUGUCACGUAUGAUGGAACAUUAUAUGAAGGCGGUAAGGGUGGUUAUGUCAGUGGUGAGCUUGAUCUUACUCAGAAAAAAACUCUUUUUAUUUUCUGUGGUGAAAUGGGAACUACUGAAAAAGGAACAUGUCAUCCAGAAUAUUAUGAAAUAGGAUAUGAGACACGAAACACAUUUGGUGGCGGAGGGCGAGGGUAUGGAUAUAACGGUACUAAAUUCUAUCCAUCAUCAGGAGGAGGGAUGAGUUUCAUUUCGAUUGGUGAAGCUAAAAAUGAAAGUGGAAUUCUUUUUGCCGGUGCUGGUUCUGGAUCUGGUGCUGGAACAUAUGAAUAUAAUCGUUAUACAUAUGGUGGAUAUGGAGGAGGAGUUUCAGGAGGAUCUGGAUCACACUGUGGAAAUACGUGUGGUACAGGUGCCACUCAAACAAGUCCUGGAACAAACUCUGAAAAAUCUCUCAGAAAUGGUGGCAAAUUUUAUGGAGGAAAUUGUGGACAAGAUGCUGGAUGGUCUACAGGAGGUGGUUCUGGUUAUUACGGCGGUGCUGGCGGAUCUUAUUCUGGUUCUUCUGGAGGUGGGGGAAGUUCUUUCUUCGAUACUUCAUUUAUCAAAAACGGAAAAACAAUUGCAGGUAACGAAGAAAUGCCUUCACCUUUUUCAGAAACAGAAAACAUCACUGGAAACCGAGGUCAUGGAUACGUCAGAAUCACAUGUCUUGUAUAUUAUAUUGAGAUAAUUACUCCAAUUAGGAGCUAUUAUUACCCUAGUUCAAAUAUCACUUUAGAACUUAGAUUAUAUUCAUUAAAUCUUAAUGAGAAUGUCAGUAUAUAUAGAACAGUCAAUUCAUCUGCUCUUCAAAAUGAAGUAUUAGUUCAAACCCAUCCAGAUAAUGGCCAAAAUUAUGUUUUUAAUGACACAUUUAAACUUCCAAGCGAAAAGGGUUAUUAUAAAAUUUCUUAUCGCACAUCUUCUGAAUUAAAACCAAAUUUUACCAUCGAAGAAGUAAUUUUCGUCAAUAAAGUUCCAGAGAUAUUUUUAAUACAAGAAAUGAAGAAAUAUUAUAAAAGAGGAGAAAAAGUCGCAGUCGAACUACAAGGAAUAUGCGUUGGAAACAUCACAUUUAAAUGCAAAUGUUACGAUAAAAUUAUAAAUUCAAGUUCAGAAUUGAUUUCAAAUGAUUCAUUUGUUACAGGUACAAUAGAAAUUGAUCUCAACAAUUUCCCUGUUAGUUCACAAAUUCAUUUUGAUUUUUAUGCAGUUGAUGAAUUUGGAAUAGAAUCUAAUAUUAUUCAACAAUAUGUUUUGAUUGUUGAAAGGAAUCCUCUAGAGAUAUUUAUUUAUCAAAACAUAUCAACAUAUUUCAAUUCAAAUCAGAAAGUUAUCAUCCAAGGACAAGUUAAUAAUGAUACAGAAUUUAAGAUGUAUUACUCACAAGACAAGAAGCAAUUUGAACAAAUAACAAGUUUUAAAUCUAAUAAUGAAUUUUCAAUUGAUCUUGGAAUUCGACAACCAGGAAUAUACAACAUCCUAUUAUAUUGUAUUGAUUCCAAUGGAUAUUCAAAUAUUGUUAACCAUGAUUACAUUGUUUCACCAAAUUUAUGUAUGAAAUCAAAUAACCUUGAUUCAAAUACCGUUCUAGCCUGCAAUCAUAUUAGAAGAAGACAUUAA